AUGGGAGUUCGUGACUACGGAAUUUGGAAGGGAACUCCAGUUCUUUACGAGUUUGAAGAUCGCUAUGAGGACGAUACUUCGCCUCAUCUGUCGCUGUACUACCAUGACGAGGAGGGCGACCCGCCAGAUUUUGACCUUGGCUUUCGGCGCAACAACAGGGGCCACCCACCAAACCCCAAUCGCCCAAAGGACAUUCCGGGGCUCCUCCGUGCAGCAAUCAAUAUCAAAUCCACGGAUGAUGAGACUCGACUUGCCUAUUGGGUGAACAAUAACAUGGAGGAUCAUCCUAUUGUCCAGAAACUGACCGGGCUGGACUUUGGCUUUAAUCCAAUCAAUAGCGUGCCUGAAUCCAAUGUCCAAAGCCUCGACUAUAUCCGGGGUAACCUCUUCAAUCCAAGGAGCGGCCGUGUGCUAGCGCAUGACAUUCCGGGCACCAACAACGAUAUGAUCGAUGUCCUGGAGCCCGAAAUCACUAAAGCAAUUGAAAAAAAGGCGACCAUCUAUUUGUUCGGUUCUGAGUUCAAUACGAAGAAUGGAAUUCACAACGUUCAUAUGAAUCAGGGUAACAUCAAGAAGUUUGCCCGUGAUGAUGGAGUCUUUCAGGAUGGUGGUCUUCUCAUCCAGUACGAGAAUCACUGGACUGGCAUUUUUAUUGCAUUUGCCUCCCAGGCAAUCCACACCGAUGAUCAAACUGGCCAUAAAAUCCCUGGCAACACUCUGACGUGGGGGGACUUCCUACCCAUGGACAUUGAGGAGAAUUCUGUGACCAUUACGAAAGCGCUCGUCAACCCACGUGGACAGGAUGAUGGCUCUGCAAGAAACAAAGAGUCAGUGACGCUUGGAGACUUUACAAAUCACCGAGUAUCCUUGUCAUCAUGGACGUUGCGUAACUCCGCUGGCGAUGUCCAAGAGCUUCCUCAAAAUGCAAUCUUGGCCGCCGGGGAAUCCAAGCUCUUUGACGUACCCAACUGUCCCCUUAAUAAUAAUGGUGAUACAAUUACUUUAUGCAACAAAGAGGGACUGAGGGUCGAUGGGGUGAGCUACCAGCGCCGCCAGGGACAGAAAGAAGGCCGUCCAAUUGUCUUUGCCCACUGA